AUGUCCCCCUUACAGGUUGGUUUUUGGUGUCACCUUCCUGUUGAGAUAGAACAUAAAGCUUUUUGGGCUGUUAGAAAUUGUAAUUUUGAGUUAGAUGCUGCUGGUGUGGAAAGAAAGUUACAAUUGCAGGAGUUAGAGGAGAUUCGUCUUGAUGCUUAUGAAAAUUCUAAGAUUUAUAAGGAAAAGACAAAAGCAUUUCAUGAUAAACUAAUUUUAAACAAGGAGUUUGUGGUUGGGCAAAAAGUUUUAUUGUAUAAUUCUAGAUUAAAGUUAAUGCCCGGUAAGUUGCGUUCUCGUUGGAUUGGUCCAUUUAUUGUUACUAAUAUGUUUUCUUAUGGUGCUGUUGAGAUUCAAAGUUUAGAAACUAAGAAGGUGUUCAAAGUCAAUGGCCAUAGACUCAAGCCAUUUUAUCAAGAGCAUUCACUGGAAGAAAUCAAAUUGAGUGAUCCAAUUUAUUUAGAUUGA